CGCACCGCCUUUCCCCGCGCCGAGCCUCGGCUGGGGUCGCCGCGGGACAAGUUCCCGAGUGCGGGCGCCGAGGGCCGAAAUGCUCCUCCCGGACCUGGUGCUCCGCGGCGGCUGCUCGCUGCUGCUGCACUGCGCGCUCCACCCGCUGUGGGGCUUCGUGCAGGUGACACACGGCGAGCCCCAGAAGUCCUGCUCCAAGGUGACCGACAGCUGCAGGGCUCUUUGGUCAUCCAGGGUCUCGCCGCCGCCGCCCCCGCCGCCGCCCCCGCCUCGACUCCUCUCCCCCCCAGCUCCCAACUCUACCUCGUGCCCUGCGGAGGAAGCCUGGCGGUCAGGGCUGGUGAUCAUCGUGGCCGUGUGCUGUGCCUCCCUGGUGUUCCUCACUGUGCUCGUCAUCAUUUGCUACAAAGCCAUAAAAAGGAAACCGCUGAGAAAAGAGGAGAACGGCACCGGCGUGGCCGAGUACCCCAUGACCUCCCCCCAGGGCAACAAAGGGGUGGACGUGAACAACGCUGUGGUGUGAGUGCACAGGCCCUGGACCCGCCGACCCGAGGGGCACCUUGACGGCACAAGUGGACACGGGAAAGCAGGUGGACACGAGUGGACACCAGGCUUGCCGGGACCUCACUGUCUUGCAGGCCCGGAGCCUCCCAAAGAAGAGACCACACCCCUUCCAGCCUGGCCCCCUCAGCCCACCGCAGAGGCAGCCGCGCGCCCAGCCUUCUGCAUCUUCCUCUGGGCUCGUGUCUGGUCUGCUGACUAUCUUCCAGCUGCUGCUAAAGCCCGAGCUUAGAUGAAGACGGGGCGUCAGUUUGCGGGUGGAACGGCACCCCCCUUGAGCCAUAAGAAAAAUGACCCAGAGGCCACUGUCCUGGCACAGACCCUCUUGUUCCUGGAAAUCUACCACCUGCUUCUCCCGACCAUGCUGCUCCUGACAAAAGCCAUCAGCCCAGCCAUGAGACACCCCCUUUCAAAGGUGCUCCCCACACAUCUGUCCAUCAGCGGCCUGCGAUUGCCUUCAGGCUCCAGGGCCUGCCUUCUCCCUCCAGCCCCCACUGAGCCCCGGCGCCCGGCUUCCGACUGUCCCCCACCAGGGGCCAGAGUGGUCUGCAAGUCCUGGCCUGAUCAAGCUGAAAGCGAGCCCCCUUUACGUGGAACAACUCACUCACCCUAGGCCAAGGACCCCAGGGACAGAGGCCACACGCCCCUUCUCAGACUCACCCCUACCCCCGGUCCUCAGAGACACCGCAUCUGAGCAAGCCAGGCCCAGCCUGUGUCCAACAGAGGCCACCACUUGUGCCGAGCCCAUUGUGGGCACUCCAAGCUGGGCCCCCCAACCUAGCGCUGGGUCCUUCCCACCCUGCUGCUCCUCUGGGGCCCUGACCGGGAACUGGGACCCUCUCCACAGAGCCCCUAAGCCUCCCUGCUUCCAGAUAGGCAAUGGUGAUGCCCCCAGAGGCUCUCUGUAAAUGUCUUUCCAAGUCUUUUGUUCCAAAGUGCUGAGGCCUCCAGAGUGGGUGUGGGGUGGGUGGACAGGAGAGGUACCGCUGGGCUGCCUCUUAGCCUGUGACCAGCAGUGGCCCCGGGAAGGCCUAUGGUUUCGGGGGCAUCUCAGCCCCAGCGCUUGGGCCCAUUUCACUGUGGGAUCGUCAUGGCCCGAGGCGCCCUCUCCUCAUCCGCAGAGUUGCUCAGAAGGAAGGGCCACUGCUGGCCCGGCGAGGUGGAGCCCAGGUCCGGAACGCGUGGGGAGAGGCCCACUUCCAGAGACUGAUGGCUGGAAGCCCCUCCCCUUUGGGCCGAUCCCCAAAGCACUCCUGCCAGGAGGGGACCCCCAUGUCCACGUGUCUUUGGAGAGCAGAAGGAGAAGCCAGACCUGCCCCCAGGCCCGGGGGGCUGAGGAUAUCGGGCACACGCUGUGCAAGGGCCGUUUCUUUCUGUUUCCUCCUGCGUGAGGACUGGGUUUGGGUUUCGAUUCGCGUUUUGCUCACCCUGUCCCCUGGGCUGGCACAGUGCCACCAGUGGCCUUCCUUGUGGCCAUUUUGCCCUCAGUCAAAUGAGCACUUUCAGGUGUUCUGGACCGGGGAACGAACUCCCCAAAGAACAGAGCUGGGCGACAACGGGGAGAGGUGGGUCCUGCCCCCCAGCCUCCUGCAGAGACACGACCUGCACCCCGUGACUCGGGACAGGACCCUGGCCUCUGGCAUACGCCACCUUGGGGUCAAAGGCGGGGAUCCUGGCUAAAUUUAGGGUGUGGGUGCUGAGGCAGCCAACCAGGAGGGAGCUCUCCCAGGGAGGCGGGAUGCAGCCCAUGUUUGCACAAACCCCCAGCUCGCCAUCCCUGACCUUGGCUUAAGCUCGGAGACCUGUGCUCACCAUGAGCCUGAUCUUCCAGCCCAGGGUGACUCUGUGGUGACAGCCCCCCUCCCCCGCCCUGACUCGGGGUGCCCCUUCCUCUCCCCAGCAGUCCUAACAUAGCAGAAAGAGUCUCCCAAAAUGGGGUUUGUAAUAAUCCCUUUUCAUUCACUGACAACCAAGGGAAGAAGCCAGUUUGUCAAAAAGAAUUCUCGGGGAGACAAAGCCCCUCUCCCCCAACCGAGGGUGGAGGCAUGUCUCCGGGGCAGUGAGAGGCCCACCUGGCAUUUAGUUUGAGACAUGAAGGUCCAUAAAUACCCCACCCCACCCCAGCCUGGCACUUGAGCUUAGAAGUUUUCUUUAGGGAAUGUUCCCUGUGGCCCCUAAACACAGACUGUUCUCAAACCAGCCCGAACUUUGAGGUUGAGAAUGAAAUUCACAUUCCUUGUGUCUUUUCAAAUAGGUCUUUCCACUGUCUCCUCGUUGAGCCAACUUAGGGUGGCAGAGAUGCGCUCCCCGAGUUUCAGGGGUUCCUAAGAAGCUUCUGAGGCCAGUUUUGGAAGAAAGACUAAUAGCUGUAAAAUUAUAGACAUAUAUAUAUUUAAAGAGAUAUCUAUCUAUCUAUAUAUAGUUACUGUACUCUCUGUGCAAAGACGAGACAGCCCGGGGGCAAGAGGCAGCCAGGGCGUGAAUGUAACCCCGAGACCUGCCUCCGCGAGGGCCAGUGUCCUCGGAGGGGGCUCCUGUCCCAGCAGUUCUGACCCAAAGGACAAGUGUGCAGGUCGCUCCGUCCUGUCCACCGAGGAGCCACGGGCGUGGGUUUCGUGCUGAGACUUUGCUCCAGAAGCAGGACCCGCAGCACUGCGUAUGACUGUCUGCUACUCACGGGGAAGAAAGCAUCACGCCUUUUUUAUUUUCAAUAAAAAUAUGCUUAU